AUGGUAUCUGGAGCGUACAAAUCUGAAUUCGGAGAAACCAGCGAGAUGGCUCAGGUGAUGGACCGUGUGAAGGCCUUCGCAGCUAAAGAAGGACGUCAGCCCCGUAUUAUGGUAGCGAAGAUGGGCCAAGAUGGACACGAUCGCGGAGCAAAAGUUGUCGCAACUGGAUUCGCUGAUCUUGGCUUCGACGUCGACGUUGGACCACUGUUCCAAACACCAGCAGAAGCCGCCCAACAAGCUGUCGAUGCUGAUGUUCAUGUGAUUGGCGCUAGCAGUCUGGCUGCUGGACACUUGACCCUUGUCCCGGAACUUGUCAAUGAACUGAAGAAACUUGGAAGACCAGAUAUCAUUGUCGUCGUCGGCGGUGUGAUUCCCCCGCAGGACUACGAUGCAUUAUAUAAGGCUGGAGCAUCCCUAAUCUUCGGACCUGGAACCAGACUACCAAGCUGUGCUAUGCAGGUAACUGGUUGUUGUAUUAUUCCCUAA